AUGACUGUGGGAAUCUUUGCACAUUGUACCUUCUGUUUGAAAGUUAAAUACUUACCUCGUCAGCAGAAGAAAAAGCUGCAAACUGACAUUAAGGAAAAUGGUGGAAAGUUUUCCUUUUUGUUAAAUCCUCAGUGCACACAUAUAAUCUUAGACAAUGCUAAUGUUCUGAGUCAGUAUCAACUGAACUGUAUCCAAAAGAACCACAUUCAUAUUGCAAGCCCAGAUUUUAUAUGGGAAUCUAUCAAAGAAAGGAGACUCGUGGAUAUAAACAAUUAUGAUCCUAAUAAGUCACUGAACAUCAUGACACCUCCUGAACAAAAGGCAAGCAGUUCUGAAGUGAAAAUAGAUGAUCCAUUCCUGGACAGUGCCACAGAGAAGGACAACACUGUGGAACUCACUAAGUUUUGUACAGAGAAUGUUGAAAUUCCUCAUUUUCCUCAAGAUUUUGAAGUUGCAAAAUAUGACAGCUUGGAAAAAGUGGGGGCAGAGGGCAUCCAAGAAACUGCCGUGGUGGAGUUGCGCUGCUCCCGGGACCCCGGGGACCGUCCGUUUCUGAUAUCGGCACACUUCCUUCUGGCUGACGGUGUGCAGACUAGAAGAGAGUUUGCUGUAAAGAAAACCUCUGCAGAUGCAAGCGAAUACUAUGAAAUUUACAUGGACAAACUGAAGAAACAGGGAUUUCUACUAAGAGAACAUUUUACACCAGAAGCAACCCAAUUAGCAUCUGAAAAAUUGCAAGCAUUGCUUUUGGAGGAGCUCAUACUUUCAUGCCCUCUGAGUCAGGAGGUGAGCGAUUUGGUGGAGAUGGUUUGGGUGGAAGCUCUGGGCCACCUGGAGCACAUGCUUCUCAAGCCGGUGAACAGGAUCAGCCUCAACGAUGUGAGCAAGGCAGAGGGGAUUCUCCUUCUAGUAAAGGCAGCACUGAAAAAUGGAGAAACAGCAGGACAGUUGCAGAAGAUGAUGACUGAAUUCUACAGAUUAAUACCUCACAAAGUCCCAACAACUGAAGAAGUGAACCUGAGACUGUUAGCUAAGAAAGAAGACCUCUGCCAGCUAAUAAGAGACAUGGUUAAUGUCUGUGAAACUAAUUUGUCCAAACCCAACCCACCAUCUCUUGCCAAAUACCAAGCUUUGAGAUGUAAAAUUGAGCAUGUUGAACAGAAUACUGAAGAAUUUUCCAGGGUUAGGAAAGAGGUGUUGAAGAAUAAUCGCAGUAAAAGUCCCGUGGAAAUCUUGCAGAUAUUUAGAGUUGGCAGAAUGAAUGAAACCACAGAGUUUUUGAGUAAACUUGGCAAUGUGAGGCCUUUGUUGCAUGGAUCUCCUGUACGAAACAUUGUAGGAAUCUUGUCCCGAGGGUUGCUUUUACCCAGAGUAGUUGAAGAUCGUGGUAUGCAAAGAACAGAUGUUGGAAAUCUUGGCAGUGGGAUUUAUUUCAGUGAUUCACUCAGUACGAGUAUUAAGUACUCACACCCAGGAGAGAUAGAUGGCACCAGACUCCUGGUCAUUUGUGACGUGGCCCUCGGAAAGUGUAAGGACUUUUAUAAGAAAGACUUUUCCUUAAUUGAAGCACCACCGGGCUAUGACAGUGUGCACGGAGUUUCAGAAGCAGACUCUGUCACCACGGACUUUGAGGAUGAUGAAUUUGUUGUAUAUAAAACCAAUCAGGUUAAAAUGAAAUAUAUUAUUAAAUUUUGCUUGCCUGGAGAUCAAAUAAAGGACUUUCAUCCUUGUGAUAAUACUGAAUUAGAGGAAUACAGACCUGAGUUUUCAAAUUUUUCAAAGGUUGAAGAUUACCAGUUACCAGACACCAAGCCUUCCAGCAGCAUCAAGUCCGGCCUUCAGGAUACCUCUGGGAAUUUGGUUCCUCUUGAGGAUGUUCACAUCAAGGGAGAAAUAAUAGACUUUGUAGCCCAGGUAAUUGUUUUUCAGACAUACACAAAUCAACAUCAUGUGCCCAUUGAGGCAAAAUAUAUCUUUCCUUUGGAUGAUAAGGCAGCUGUGUGUGGCUUUGAAGCGUUCAUCAACGGGAAGCACAUCGUAGGAGAGAUUAAAGAGAAGGCAGAAGCCCAGCAAGAAUACCGAGAUGCCGUCAGCCGAGGCCAUGGUGCCUACUUGAUGGACCAGGAUGCUCCGGACGUUUUUACUGUGAGUGUUGGAAACUUACCCCCUAAGGCGAAGGUGCUUAUCAAGAUCACCUACAUCACAGAACUCAGCAUCCAAGGUGCUAUUGCUGUCUUCUUCAUGCCUGCCUCCGUAGCGCCCUGGCAGCAAGACAAGGCUUUGAAUGAAAACCUUCAGGAUACAGUAGAGAAGAUUUGUAUAAAGGAAAUAGGAACAAAGCAAAGCUUCUCUUUGACUAUGUCUAUUGAGAUGCCAUACGUGAUUGAAUUCAUUUCCAGUGAUACACAUGAACUGAAACGAAAGAGCACAGACUGCAAAGCUGUGAUCAGCACCUUGGAAGGCAGCUCCCUGGACAGCAGUGGGUUUUCUCUCCACAUUGGUUUGACGGAUCCUCAUCUCCCAAGAAUGUGGGUUGAGAAACAUCCAGAAAAAGAAAGCGAGGCUUGCAUGCUUGUCUUUCAACCCGAUCUCAACACUGCCCUCCCUGACCUCGCUGACAAGAGUGAAGUGGUUAUUUGUGUUGAUUGCUCCAAUUCCAUGGAGGGUGUGAUGUUCACACAAGCCAAGCAGAUUGCCCUGCAUGCACUGUCCUUGGUGGGUGAGAAGCAGAGAGUGAACAUCGUCCUUUUCGGCACAGGUUACAAGGAGUUAUUUUCAUAUCCUACGUACAUCAGAAGCAGUGAUGUGGCAAAAGAGUUCAUAAUGUCUGCUCAACCCACCAUGGGGAACACAGACUUCUGGAAAACACUCCGAUAUUUAAGUUUACUGUACCCUUCUCAAGGGUUACGGAACAUUCUCCUUGUAUCUGACGGGCACCUCCAGAAUGAGAGCCUGACAUUACAGCUUGUGAAAAGAAGCGUUCACCAUAGCAGGCUGUUUGCCUGUGGUGUCGGUUUUACAGCAAAUCGUCACCUCUUAAGGACUUUGUCACAGCAUGGUGCCGGAGUGUUUGAAUAUUUUAACUCAAAAUCCAAACAUAGUUGGAAAAAACAGAUAGAAGACCAAAUGACCAGGUUACGUUCCCCAAGUUGCCACUCUGUCUCCGUCAAAUGGCAGCAACUAAGCACAGAUGCACCCAAGCCCCUGCAGGCCCCAGCCCAGGCACCGUCCUUGUUCCACAGCGACCGACUCCUUGUCUACGGAUUUGUUCCUCAUUGUACACAGGCAACUCUAUGUGCAUUAAUUCAAGAGAAAGAAUUUUGUACAAUGGUGUCUACUACUGAGCUUCAGAAGACAACUGGAACUAUGAUUCACAAGCUGACAGCACGAGCUCUGAUCAGAGAUUAUGAAGAUGGCAUUCUCCACGAAAAUGAAACCAGUCAUGAGAUGAAGAAACAAGCCUUGAAAUCUCUGAUUAUUAAACUCAGUAAGGAACACUCUCUCAUAACACAAUUUACAAGCUUUGUGGCAGUUGAGAAAAGGGAUGAUAGUGAGUCAUCUUUUCCUAAUACUCCAAAUGUUUCGGAACUUAUUGCCACAGAAGAUGUAGACUUUCUGCCAUACCUGAGUUGGCAGGAGGAGCAGCCAGAUGCCAACAUGAAACAGCCUCUUUCAGCAUCCUCUGAACGGAAUGAAGAAUCGCAACAUGUUAAGAGAAAAAGAAAAAAAGAGAAAAGUCUGACUGGAAGAAGAGUUAGGUCACCUGAGCUGGAAGUUGCUGAAGAUGGUGAAGUGGCUCGCUUUGAUUCGCAAUCAGCAGUCCAACCUCCCACACCCAAUUCUGAAUGUAAAGGUGUGGGAAAGCCACUGGGUUUAAGUCAGAGGGAGUUGUUUAAACAAACAUCGUUGAUGAGACGUAUUUCACGGACAACGACUGUAUCUAACUUUCUUUCUGCUGCUGCAGCCUCUGGCGUACCCUCUUUCCUGGCUGCCCCAACCCCCCGCGCAGGUGCCCCCCCUCCUCCCCACUUACCUGGCACUGCCUGCCCUUCUCCCCGCUUACCUCCGCAGAGAUUUCUUUGUGGUUCUCUGGCUCGUCCCAAGCUGUUAGGCCUAUCUCGUCGUGGCCAAGGCCUUUGGACUGGCGGUUGGCCUGGCAUUCUCUGUGGGUCGACAUCUCCUUCCCCAUUGCCUCCCCAGAACCCAGCUUUUGGAUCCCUCACUGGCGGUGCUUUUUCAGGUGGCUUUUUGGGCUUCCAGCAGUCAGAUCCACCUGAACCUUCUCAAGACUGUCAGAUCAGCCCACAUGCUCACGCCUCCCAUAGGCAGGUCUUUCUCUCCCAGCCAGAUUUUUCCUCUCCUUCUAGAGUUCUUAGCACUGGUUCAGGUUUUUGUCUUCCCUCUGGUUCCUCUCCUUUUCAUUUGCAAAGCUUCCUAGCCACUUCAAGCACCAGUUACAAGCCGCCUGUAGACUUGCCUCCGCUUGCUCACUGUCAGUCACAGGCUUCUUCCCUUCUGAGUACUUCUGCCGAAACUGCAUCACCAGAUUCUCUCCAAGAUUUGUGGGCCCCAAGUCAUGAAAGCUCUUGUGAAAGAGACAGUGGUGAGACACCAGCGUACAAGUGUCUUAUACAACAGAAAGUGAUGAGACACCAGCAUACAGGUGACUUUGCUGCAAGCGUUCAGGCACAGGAAGCUGAGGAUGAUGUGGUCUGCAAAGAGAGCCAGAGGAAUCUUGUGCCUUGGACCGAGCUCUUCCAUCUACAAACUGAGGAUGGCUUCUGGAAACUUACACCAGAACUGGGCUUUAUAUUAAACCUUAAUACAAAUGUUUUACACAGCUUUCUUGAACAAAAAGGCAUUCGAUCUCUAGGUAUAAAAGGAAGAGAGUAUCUCCUGGACCUGAUCGCCACGCUGCUGGUCCUGCAGUUCCUUCGUACCAGGUUGGAACAAGAGGGAAUAGUCUUCAAAUCACUGAUGAAAUUGGAUGAUGCUUCCAUUUCCAGGAACAUUCCCUGGGCUUUUGAGGAAAUAAAGAAAGCAAGUGAAUGGGUGAGAAGAACUGAAGCACAGUAUCCUUCUGUCUGCCAGCGGCUCGAGCUGGGUAAAGACUGGGACUCUGCCACUAAGCAGCUGCUGGGAAGUCAACCCAUAGACACCGCUUCUCCUCUUUACAGAGUUCUCAAUUACAGUCAAGGCUGAAUCAAAUGAAAUUGUAUUUUAAACUUUUCUCAUGUUUCUAUGUAGAAAAUAAUCAAAUAUUAAUAGGACCCAUAAUGUAAUU